AUGCACCCAAUCGCCAGGCCGGCGUCGCGCCUAGCCCACGCCCGGCUGCGAACGGCAAACCUCUCAAGAUGGCAGCCCCUCGCAGCUCUGCCUCUGCGCCAUAGCCUCCCAUCACCUUCCCGAAGGCUCUACUCGGGUCUGCCUCCGAUCUUCACCCCGCCGCCGCCGCCGCCGACGCCGAGCUCCUCCGCCUCGGAAGAAGAGUCCAAACCAGCUUCCCCGACAUCGACGACGAGCAGCGGCGACUCGGCCACCCGGAGCUCGGAUGCGGCCUCCUCAAGCUCCACCACGGCUCCCGACUCGACCUCCUCGUCGUCGUCCUCCUCCUCCUCCUCCGAAUCCAGAUCUUCCACCACCCCCGAAGAUCCCCUCCCCGACACAGCAACAAAAACAUACACCGCACUCCCGCCCGCCCUCUCCGAGAAGCUCUCCCACCUGAUGGACACCCUCCAAACCCGCCUCCUAACCGCCUCAACAACCCUAAACACCCUGACAGGCUACGCCCCGAUCGAAACCAUCAAAUCCCAAAACACCCUCCUCGAAACCCGCCUCGCCCAAGCCCAAGACCUCGUCCGCACCGCCCGCCUAACCUACAAAACCACAAACGCCAAACGCGCCACCACCCAGCGCGAAGUCACCACCCUCCUCGCCCGCAAGGAAAUGUGGUCCCCCACCGACCUGGAACGCUUCACCCAGCUCUACCGCCAAGACCACUCCCUCGAACAAGAAGUCUCCGCCGCCGCCGAGGCCCUCACGGACGCCGAGCACGCAGAGCAAGCCCUCGGCCAGCAGCUCAACGCCGGCAUCCUGAAGCGCUACCACGAGGAGCAGAUCUGGUCAGACCGCAUCCGUCGCGCCUCGACCUGGGGCACCUGGGGCCUGAUGGGCGUCAACGUCCUCCUCUUUAUCGUGCUGCAGUUCGUCGCGGAGCCGUGGAAGCGGAGGCGGCUCGUGCGGGGCGUCGUCGAGGAGGAGAAGGCCGUGCUAGAAGGCGUGACGGCCGAGCUGGCGGGUUUGAAGGCGGCGUUGGCGCAGAGGGACGAGGCCCUGGAGGACGCCGCUGCUGAUUCCGUGGCUGUUUCGACGACUGCGGCGGUAGCGACACCUGCCGCAGUGGUAGAGGAGACGCCGUUGGCUGCGGCGGAACCCACAGCAACAACCGAGGAGGCGGAGGAGCUUCUGGCCGCCAAGGUCGAGGAGCCGGCCGUCCAGCACGAAAUGGAGCGCGAGGUCGCCAGUGCACUCGAGGUCUUGGACAAGGAAGUCCCCGAGGCCAAGCCGUGGCGUGAGCUCCUCUCCAACCCGGAAUUCUUGAAGGCGAGAAUCGCAGACCUGUAUAGUGACCGUCGUAUCGAUCUUCGCAUGCGCGAUGCGUCUAUCCUGGCCCUUGAGGGUGCUGCCGCUGGCGCCACGUUUGCGGCGGCUCUAGCACUGCUGCUUGUGAGAAGGACAUGA